CCUAACCUUACGUAUUUCGGAGCAGUCGGAGUCCGGAGUCCUCGGACUCCUCGGAGCCCUUUUUUUAAAAUUUGCUCCGAAUUCACACAUUAUUUUGUUAAAAUGUUUUAAUUAAACGUUAUUUAGGGGCCACGAUAAUUUAUUAUACUGAAAAACAAAAGCUUCACCGCUCAAAAUUUUGAAAAUUAAAAAAGUCAUCUGUAAGGUGCAAGCUUAUUGGAGCUUUCCACCGGAGCCCACCAGCCCAUCCCUGUAGUAUAGUAAAAUGAGACGCAGCAGCGGCGACAACGACGUGGCCUCACGUCUCGAGUUUACCGCAGCUGCUCCGCUGUCGUGAUUCUCGCAAAAAUCUCGUCAAGUCGGUUCUUAAAGUGGUAGACGUGCAAAAGUUAGAAAUAUUAUUAUCUAGUUUAAAACAAUAAGGCCAUGUGAAAAAAUCUGAUUGUUCGUUUUCAUCUACUUUGAUCACAAAAUAACAAAGUCUGUUGUUUUGUCUGAAUGUAGUUGGGUGUGUGUGUGUUUGGGUACUGAAGGCAUAUUGCCGGACGAUAACAAAAUUAAUUAUAAAUCAUGGGGCUGUGCAAGUGUCCGAAACGUAAAGUCACCAAUCAAUUCUGCUUCGAGCAUUGCGUCAAUGUAUGCGAGAAUUGCAUGGUUACAAAUCAUCCUAAAUGCGUUAUCCAGUCCUACUUGCAAUGGCUGCAAGACAGCGAUUGCAACCCAAUCUGUACAUUUUGCAACGAGAGCCUUAGCAAUAGGGAGUGUUGUAGAUUAACCUGUUAUCAUGUUUACCAUUGGGCCUGCCUUGAUGACCACUGCAGAAGCCUGCCAGAGUCCCAGAGUUCAUCCAAUUAUGUUUGCCCAGCCUGUACUACUCGCAUAAUUCCACAACCAAAUCUGGUAUCUCCAGUGGCUGACGUACUCAGAGAGAAACUGGCUGGCGUCAAUUGGGCAAGAUCUGCUCAAGGGCUCCCUUUGUUGAGCGACGAAAAGGAAGAGAAGCCAGAGCCGGCACGUAAUGUGGUGGAAUCAGAAAAUGGCCAGUCUUCUUUUUAUCAGAAUCAUGCUACAUCUUCCGUAGCCACAUCCAGAACGAGUAGUAUGGUAACAUCAUCCAACUCUCUGUCGAACAAUGUACAUUCGACCAGUCAAAAGCUAGGGCCACCAUAUUCAGUAGUAAAUAUGGAAUCUGACUCUGGCAUGUCGAGUCCAACAGUAAGACGAGUUUUUGAGUCCUAUGACAAUGCAAAGGACGAUUUGAUCGAUCACGACGAUUUCAAGUAUCAACGAAAAUCGGCAGUAGAGUGGUUUUUGAGAUGGUGGAAACUAAUAACAAGACAGCAAGCACAGAGAAGAAACAGUCAGGGCUCUUUUCCCAAGCGAUAUGUAAUUUUAGUGGUCGUCAUCAUUGCUGCCUACGUUUUGAUAACGCUUGUGGCCUCUUGGCUCGGCAGAAUGGCCACGGACGGCGACCCCUCGUUCGAUCCUAAGAACAAUCCAUUGGUCAACGUCAACGAGAACAGCAACUAAAGAAGAUAGAUUUGUAAAUACACCAAGGUGCUGUAUGAUGGAUCGCUAUUUUGUAUCGCUAAAGAAUCCACAAGUCUUGACUUUACACGUAACGCUGUGAGUGAUAAAUUAAUCAUCAAACCGAUACUUUGACUUGAGUCUGCGUGAGUCAUUACCAUUCUUUUAAAGAGUUUUAUGUGGCUUUAAAGAACUGCAGACAAGCGACGUAAUAUAUAUGUAUAUUAAACGAGAGCAGAUCAAUUUUGCUGUUUAAACUGAUAUUUAUACAUAGUCAAAGAUUUGUUAAAUCGUAUCAAUUUAUAGUUUGUAUAAAAAUAUAUAUGUAAAUUGUAUAUCUUGCAAGUAACUUUAGUAAGCACUUUUUCUUAUAUACUUAGUUUUAAAAAUAUAUU